CUCCAUGGCAACCGCUCAGCCAUCCCAGCUCCGCCCCCAGUCCCUCCCGACGACCGGAAGCAGCCUCCAGACCCGCGCUUUCCUGGCUUCUCCCCGGUACCGUGGGUCGUCCUUCCCCGCCCCGAGGAUUAUCCAUGAGGAGAGCUUCACCUCCUUGAAAAUUAAAGCCUGGCAGUCCUUAGCUAUUCCCAGUCCAAAUGUCUGAGUCAACAUUCCUGCCACAAACUUCAGAAGAGCCUGGUAGCAUCCUGGUAGUGAAGAUGGAAGGGAAAGAGGAGUCCUGUAAUCAGGAAUCCCGCCUCCACUUGAAAAGCUGUUAUAGCCCGGAAACUUUUCGCCUACAGUUCAGGCACUUUGGCUACCAGGAGUCCCCUGGGCCCAGGGAGGCUCUGAACAGGCUCCGGGAGCUUUGCUGUCUGUGGCUGAGGCCAGAGGUGUACACCAAGAAGCAGAUCCUGGAGCUGCUGGUGCUGGAGCAGUUCCUGGCCAUCCUGCCAGAGGAGCUGCAGGCCUGGCUGCGAGAGCACCGACCGGAGAACGGAGAGGAAGCCGUGACUAUGCUGGAGGACCUGGAGAAAGAGCUUGAUGGGCCAGCAGAGCAGGUUUUUGGACAAAAUGAAGACACACUUGCAGAGAAAAUGGCAGCAUGGGCCGUCACUCAAGAGUCACCAAGUGGCCCACUGAAGCCUGCAAAGCAGCAGCUGCAGUGCACACCCCAGGAGCUGCACCCCUCCAGACAAUACGAUAAAGACACUAGAACUGUAAAUGUGAAGUCAGCUUCAAAGCAAAGGACUUCUUCGGGGAUAGAACUGCAUUACGAUGUUUCUAACAUCGUUCAUGUGAAUGCUGCCCAGAGUUUCCGGUCUAGAGGAACUGGCGAACAAAGUGGCCUGUUUGAAAGAAGUCAUAGAAAUCCUUCUCGAAAGAAACAACACAAGUGUGAUGAAUGUGGCAAAACCUUUAGUCAGAGCUCCGCCCUUCUGCUACAUCAGAGAAUCCACAGUGGAGAGAAACCGUAUGUGUGUGACGUGUGUGCAAAGGCUUUCAGCCGAAGCGCGGUCCUGAUUCAGCAUCGAAGAGUCCACACCGGGGAAAAACCUUACAAGUGCCAUGACUGCGGAAAAGCCUUCAGUCAGAGCUCCAAUCUUUUCAGACACAGAAAAAGUCACAGUAGAGGAAGAAGUCUCAUCAGUGUUAUGAGGGAAUCAAAGCAUUUACUGAGAACUUUGUCAACAGAAGAAGAAGACAAAAGGCACAAACAACUUAGUAUAGAUCAGUGGUUCUGAAGAGCACCGGUUUUCUUUCCAAGGCCAUAAAAGCCACAGGGGGAAUAGAGGCUAUCUUAUGUCAGCAUUGUUGGCUUUUCUGCUUACCAAUACUGUGUCCAUUCAGAUGUUUAAGAUUCUAAAGCUUAAUUGAAAUUUCCGUCCCUAGGGUAGCCCUUGAAAAGAAAUUCUCAGACAUUUCUACUAGUCCCACCCUUAGCACAAAUGAUAAAAUAGCACAGUUGACCCUUGAACAGCACUGGUUUGACCUGCACAGUUCUACUUACAUGUGGAUCUUUAAAAGUAAAUAUACAGUUGGCCAUGUGUAUCCCUGGGUUUCUACUACCCGCAGACUGAAAACAGUGUUUUUUGAUCUGCGAUUUGGAGUCUGUGGGUGCAGAGGGCCAACUUUAUACAUUGUCCUACCCCAUUUUAUAUGAGGGACUUGAACAUCUGCAGAGUUGGGGGGAGGGGGAAAGGUGACCCUGGAAGCAAUCCUCUGCAGAUUCUGAGGGACCAAUGUGUAUUUCUUUUUAAACAAGUACAUUUCUCCUGUUGAGAAGGAAGGUGAGUUAGUGUAAAAAUAGACAUUCUCUUCCAUUUCAUACCACUGAGAUUUGGAGUUAUCAGACCAAAGAUAAAAGCACUUUAAAAAAUUUUUUCCCAUUUUGUUUUCUGUUACCAGAUUCAGAAUAUGAGAAUAGGAUGGAAGAGGCCCAAAAGAGUAUGUACCUCAAGAUCUAGGCUGAAAUGUUCAGGGUCAUUGUCAGGAGGUAGGUGAGUAAAGGGGCUUAACCUCUAUGAAAACUCACAAGAGCCUACACAUUACUGAUAAGACUAAGACAUUUCCUGUGUAGGAAAAUAAAAAAUCUCCUUUACAAUGUAAUUUGUAUAUAACUUAGUAAAAACAUUAAGAUGACUCACCAUGUCUUCAGGGAGUGGCUUAAACAUAAGAAUUGUUCUGGUAAUAAAUCGGGUUGUCUGUGAGUGCUCAUGUAAGGUUGGUGAUCACCUCGAUAUAAAGGAAAAAGGGAGAUGAAGAAAAGACUGUCCAAACGAGACUGACCAAGGUAACUCAAAUGCUGGCAAGUGCGGUGUGGAACAGAGAAGUGUCCUACGACUUACCUGGGAAAGGAAACCCUGGACAGCUGAUGACUACCCUUCAGGGUUCUUCCCGGCCCCUUUCUGGCAUAAAUUACCUGUGAACAUGUUGCAGGCAUCACAAGACAGUCUUUUCAGGGUUUUGUGCAUUCUUAAUAAGAUGCGUUUCUAGACAAGCUGUCACAAAGCGAGACCCUGGAUUUCAAUGUUCUUAUACUAAUGAAAACACUACAGUAAAUUUAGAGUUCACCCAAGUUUUAUCCACAUUCAAUCCAGUCCCCUGUUUAAAUAUAAAAUGACUGAUUUUUAUGUUAUUAAAAUUAUUCUGACAGUGUACAACAUAAUUUUCCCUUCUCUAGGCGUUCUUGGUAAGACUGUGUAUUACAAGAAUAUAUGUAUUAUGGUGUUUCCCAUGGUGCCACAGUUACCCAACCUGGAGGCAGACAAGAAGUGAGAGCCCUGGGAUGAGAAGAGAAGAGGGGCUCAUAGCGAACUUCACCUAAGCGGUUUCCUCAUGAAGUAUAAACAUUUCAUUGUCAGAAAACCCAACUAUAUCUAGUGUUUAGAUUAACUCCAGAAACAAAUGUGGGAUUACUGUGCUUUGCUUAGUUACUGUAUUAAUAAAUAUAAGAUUAGUAGGGGGAAAAAUAAACGUAAAUUUUAACUAUAA